AUGUCCUCAUAUUCAAACAUUUCUAAUGUUCGUUCAGCUAAAGAAUUUAUAAAUUUCCUAACAAACUUGGAUUAUCCGGGUGUAUCAGAUUUACAACCGGAAAAAAUAUCUUGGGCGUAUGAAAAUUUAGAAACGCGUAAUAUACUCAAUUGGUUAUGUACGAAUAUUGAUAUUGAACAAAACGUUCUUGAUGUUAAAGAUGAUUGGAUAAAGGAAAUAGAAAGUAUCGAAAAUGAGGUUGAUUCUAAACAAAAUUCUCAGGAACAUUUGUCAUAUCAUAUCGAACAACUCGAAUUAACCUUAAAAAGUAUUGAAGAAAAAUAUGCAGAGUUAAAAAGAGUUAGUCGUGAUCUGGACGAAAAGAACAAAGAGGUUGACAAGAAUAUUGAACAAGAUUCUGUCAAGUAUGAUGUAGAUACCGCAGCAGUGGUAAAAACGGUUGCCCAAGUAUUAUCGGAAAGGAAAUUUUCUGAAGGAAAAGGAAAGCAGCAAAAGAAUUUUAUAUAUCAAUGCACAGAUGAGAUUGAUGAAAUAAUGAACUCGGAUCAGUCAUUUACAAGCGAAUUGCAACAACUUUGCGAGAUUUUUUUUUCAAAUGAAGAUAUAAAAAAGUUCCAAUCAUAUAAUUUAGCCGAUGAAGUCAUUCGUCUAAAGAAUUUAUAUCCAAGAACUCAGAUAAAAUAUAUAAAGGCUUCUACUGAAUUCGAAUAUCUAUCUACAUAUUUACGAGUGUUUCAAAAUGAAGCUACAAGAGUGAGAAUGGAUUUUUUCAUUCCCGGCUGCAAUGUCUUAAAAUCCAAUAUCGAACAGAAUACGAAUAAAAAUUCUUUACUUAAUGAACAAAUUAAUAAUGUUGUGGACUCAAUUAAUGGCUUAUUAAGUAAACUUACUUAUUUAGAAAUAGAAUCUCCAAUAUUGACAGCUGAUUGCGAAGUUAAAUUACAAUAUCAACAAAACUUUAUUGAUCAAUUGGAAAUGGUUAUAGAUAGGUUACUACUACAGUAUGCACAUAAUGAAUUUGUAGCGCAAAUUUUCCAUAUCGAGUUAGAUAAUCAGAAAGCAGUUCACAGGUUAUUGUCAAAUUUGAGGGAUAAAUUGGAACGAAGAGCUGAAGAUUUCAGUAAGCGAAUGCUACUUAUGUCCGCGUCAGAUUUUGUAGAGCCAACAAGCCAUAAAACAAUGGUGGAGAGCCGUGAUGACUUUCUAUUAUCUUUGAAAAAAAUGUUAAACUUGGAUCUUUCGACAAGCUAUUCAAAAGAGGACAAGUCAUUGCCAUUUACUACCUAUGAUUCUUUGAGAGAAAGAUUAAAAGAAGUUGAAAAUGCGAGAAACACUUCAUUUGAUCGUUUUGAACAAGAAUGGAAAGCGCAACAAAAGUUUUUGGAAUCUUGUGGAGAAAUUGAAAAUUUCCUAACUUCAUUAUUAUAUAAAGACUCUAAAACUUCUGAAUUUUUAAUUACUCCUCAAGAAUUGUCAGAUUUACAAUUUUUACUACGCGCUAAAGCAAAUAACAUGCAACCUCGAAUUAAUCAUGCUUCAAAGAACCUUAAUCUUCCAGAACACCUGGAAUCCGAAAAAGAACGGUUUAUUAGAUUCUUUGCAGAAAAAUAA